ACAAAGGGGCGUGGCGCGAGGAGGGCGGCUGCCGGGUCGCGCGCGGGUCGCGAUGUAACGGCCUCUCGCUGAGUGUCCCUGCCCGCCGUGCCCCCUUCACCCUCAGACCAGCUCCAGGCGGCGGCCGGGGACGGCGGGGUGCGGCCCGAGGAGGCCUCGACGCCUCCCCUCAGCCCCGUGGCCGCCACCUCCCCAGGAACCUUGCCUGGUCCAGGAGGGGCCCCAUGGAGGUGAGAGGCGGAGAGACCCGCCCGCCCCCUCACACGCGAGGCCUGAGGGAGGGAUGUGAGCCCAAGGUGGCGUUCCGGGGAGGUGCGAGUCGCUGCUGGAACCUGGGCGCCGACCCCAGCGGCAGGUUAACCGACGUCUUCAACAGCGUGCUGCUCACGGGCUCAGCCUCCUACGACUGCUACAAACAGCAGAGUGAAGACAGUGUAGAUCUAAGGCAGCCGUACACUCCACUUUCUUCAGCAGAAUAUUCAAGCUCUGUAGACUCUUCACUUUUCUAUGCACCAUGGUCUACUUACGGAGAUGAUAUUAAACAAGCUUCUAAUUCUCAGAUCACUGUAAAGAACAGGACCUGCUCCUCCAAUUUAAAGUCAGUUUGGCCAAUGAACAACAGCAGAUUUGCAGAUCACCAUGACCUCUUAACAGAAACCAAAAGGCCAAUAGACACAGCCAUCUCUCAGCAAGCUUUUUAUAGUGGCGAGUCUGUGUCAGCAGUGGAAAAGCAGUACCUGCAUAAUAGUAACCUCACACCACAGCAAAAAAUAGAUGAACUUUAUCAUGGAUUUACUGGUUUAGACCUUGAAGAACAGUGGAUGCACCCAUCACGAAAUGAUCAUUCUAACUGUUAUAAUAUCCAGACAAAUGAUACAGCUAAGGCAACAUUUCAAGAAUAUCCAUUUAUCAAAAACUGCUUUACACCACAAACCGGUCUGUCUGAUAUCAUGAAAGAAUCAGUUGUUGAUACUUAUCCUUAUGGAAGAGAGAAGAGGUGUGCUAAAGGUCUUGAAGCACCAUUACAGCAAAAACGUGCAGAGAUGCUUCUUUCCCAAUUUAACAGAUAUAAUGAAAAUACAGAUUAUUGUAGACACCCAGAAUAUGCUCAUCCUAAGGCUAAGCUUAAUAAAUGUUCGAAUUUUAGUGUACAAGAUAGCAAAAAAUUAGCUAAUGGCACACCUGAAACACCAACCAUAGAAGCAGACACCUAUACAAAAUUAUUUCAGGUUAAACCAGCCAAUCAGAAAAAAAUGGAGGAGACAAUACUGGACCAACAGAAUUUCACAUUUUCCAAAACUACACCACAUCUGGUAGAGAAACAGUUUGCGAAAGACGCAGCAUUUGCUGCUGAUUUUGGCUUGAAACCAGAAUAUGUAUUAAAACCUCACUCAGCUUGUCCAACUAAUAAUGAUUUUGCAAAUGUUGCAGAAAAGCAGCAGUUUGCUAAGCCUGAUCCCCCAAGUUCUGAGUAUUUUAAAUCGAUGAAUUUAUUAUCAAACUCAGCAACAUCUUCAGGAGGUAUCAAUGUAAACAGACCAACGUGGAUGAAUAUUCAAACAAAAACUAACACUCCUAUUCCUUAUCGAAAUCAAGGUAACUUGAUGAAAUUAAAUAGCCAUUUAAAUGUAGCUUCAAAAGUUCCUAGCCAUUCAGAUUUCCCCCAACUACCCACAAAUUUAACCCCAAAUAGUAAUUUAUUUCAGAAGUAUUGUCAAGACAACCCCUCGGCAUUUUCCAGUUUUGAUCUCAGUUACAAUGGUGCAGAAAGAAUCCAAUCUGUCAGUCAUAUGGAAGGACUGACAAAGACUGGAGAAGAAAAUCUCUUUGAGUCAGUUACUGAUAAAAAAAUAAAGCAGCCAAAUGGAUUUUGUGAUAGCUACUCAUCUCAGCAGUAUGGGAUCAUUGAAAAUGUAAACAAACAUAAUUUUCAAGCCAAGCCCCAGAGUGGACAUUUUGAUCCUGACGAAGGACCAAAGCAUUUAGAUGCCUUACCUCAAAACGCGUAUCAAGAUCUUCUGGAGUCACAGGGUCAUUUUAAUAGCCACAGACAAGGAAGUGGUGACAGCAACAUUAAUAGCCGUGUGGGUCGCACACAGGCAUCAUGCUUUCCAAGUAAUUAUAUGAUGGGAGAUUUAAGGCAUAAUCAGGGUUUUCAACAAGUUGGUUCAAAUGGGUUUCCCUUAAGAGCCACCCACCCAUUUGGCCAUUCAGUUGUUCCAAUGUUGGAUUCCUAUGAUUUGUUUUCUUACGAUGACUUAAGCCAUUUAUACCCUUAUUUUAAUGAUAUGAUGUAUGGUGAUAAUUCCUUUUCUGGUUUUGUGCCAACAUUUGGAUUUCAAAGACCAAUUAAAACCCGUAGUGGACCAGCCAGCGAACUUCACUUUCGCCUAGAAGAGUGUUAUGAACAAUGGAGGGCACUAGAGAAAGAGAGAAAAAAGACUGAAUUAGCCCUUGCUAAGAAUUAUCCAGGGAAAAAAGUAUCCAGUACUAACAAUACUCCAAUUCCAAGGCUGGCCUCUAACCCAUCUAGAGUCGAUCGCUUAAUUGUGGAUGAACUACGAGAACAAGCCAGAGUUGUGACUUUGCUAGGCAAAAUGGAACGUCUCCGAAGCUCUCCUCUUCAUGCCAAUAUCUCAACUGCUCUUGACAGACACUUGGAAUCCAUUCACAUUGUCCAGUCACGUAGAAAGGAUGAAAUUGUUAAUGCAUCAAGUCGGCAAAGGCAAGGAGUUCCCAGAUGCCAAGAUGACAGAGAUGUGUUUGCCCUUGCUGCAGCAGUCAAAGAGAUGUGUGUGGCAACACGGAAAGCACGCACUACUCUGUGGUGUGCUCUGCAGAUGACCUUGCCCAAAACAGCCAGUACAGCUGGCCAAGCAGACAUGGAGAACUGUGAAGACAAAACCCUUGAGCGUGUAAGUAGCAGCAGCCUAAUGACCCAGAGAGGUGAAACAAGCAAACAUUGAGGAAAUGGCAGCAGUAAGAAGAAAAAAUGACCAGUUAAUGGAUCAAGACAUGCCAAAAGAUGUUAAUGAACUUGUUGCACUUGCAGUACAUUAAUUGUCUUUCUGAUCUGAAGUUAGUAUCUUAAUGAAGUCUAACUUUUGUUUUAAAAUAUUCUAUUUGGAAUGAAUCGGAUAGUUUGAAGUGAACUCAAAGGUAAAAAUUAACUACUCCACAGUUCUGAGUAGUCAGACAACAAGUUUGCUAAAGAGUGUUAGUAUUUCCUAGCAACUAAAAUAUUGCUUAAACCCAUUUUGCAGUGCAGGUAAAUGCAAAUAUGAAAUUCUCCUAGGGGAUAAGUUUCAUUUAGUUCUGCUUUAGUAAAUAUAAUUCCAAAUAAUGAAUCUAAGUGACUGUAACCCAAGUCUGGCCUCUGUCUAGUAACCAAGACAAGUUUUGAUUGUGAUAUAAAAGUAUUUUCCUUACAAAACUGGAUAAUACCUAGGGAACAAAGGAAAACAAUAAUAAACCCAAGAUUCAUGUAAAAAUUUAAAAUUGCUACCAUAUUUAUAAAUUUGAAAUCUUAGUGCCUAAAUAUAUGGAGGGAAAUGCAUCUGAUUCUCCUAAAUUAGUGAUACAAAUGCCAAUGUUAAAACCAUGCAAGUUACUGAAUAUAAAACCUAUUCAAAUCAUUUGUGUAUAUUCUUUAAAAUUUAAUUAUACUAUCGAUUUAAUAAUUCUAAAUUUUAAAGUAUUUAAAUUGAAUCAAAACAUAUCCUUUAUAUGGAUCUUUUAGACUUGAUGCACAGUAACUAUAAUUAUUGUUCUAAUACCCUUAGUUUCCUGCCUUUUAUGAGGGUAUCACGAAGUUCUAAAAUACAUUUUUUAAAGUUAAUCUUUAACUAGUUUAGUUUGAAAUUGGUUAGUGUAUAUUUUGUGUAGUUGUGUUUAUUAGUUUACUUCUGUAUUUUUUUAAAAGGAUUCUUGAAAGCUUGGCUUUUUCAGUUUCUCAUCACUUAAUAUCUUUGUAUAGAACCUAAGUAAUUUAUUCAUUAAUAUGAAAUGUUGGUAUUAUGUGACUCAGAAGACCUUGGGUUUUAAACAUUUCUAGCAUGAGUUUAACUAUAAUGUACUGAUGAAAUUUAUUGAAAUAUCCUUGACUAGAACACUAAUGUUUUAAAUGUUGGUGCUUUUCUUAGUUUUAGAAAUCCUGGUAUUAAAAAGAGUGUAAUCACACCACAUAAAUUUUCUUUAGAUGAUGUGCAGCAGAAACUGAGUGAGAAUGCAGGAGUAACUGUAGGGAGAAACAUUUGAUCACUGAAAUGCCAUAGAGCUACCCAAAUAAAUUACAUUGAGGGUAGUCAAAUAAACUAGAUCACCCC